AUGUCGGCCAAUCCCUUCCGCCGCUCCAUACAACAACAACAGCAGCAGCAGCACCAGCAGCACCAGGAGCAGCAGCUUUACCGUGACGACUUUAAGCCCCCAGCUGCCGCAUCCGCAAAGCCCAAGAAGACGGUCCGCGUCGCCUCUCCUCCGCCCCGCGCUUUCCACAGCCCGGCGCCCCUUACGAGGCCGAGCCCCGCGUCUCCGCCGCCUCCCGCGCCAGAAGAGCUUCCAGACGACAAAGCCUACGACCACGAUGCCGAGCCGUUGGACGGCCUGGAGCUCGGCGCGCAGAAGUCGCCCGCGCUGCCCGCGUCGUCGCAUUCCCGGACGAGCAGCGGCGCAGUGCCCAACCCCUUCGCGCGCACGCUGGCGUCGAUGGAGCCGGCACAGGAGAACGCCGGCCCUGCAGCGGGCGGUGCGCACAAGGCGCGCGCGUCAAUGGACGUGGACCAGUUCAAGCGGCUGCUCUUGACGGGGAGCGCGGGAGCGGCAUCGUCGUCACCACCACCACCACCAUCAUCAUCCGCGACGGCUCGACCCGCAUUCGGCGACACCAGCAAUAAUGGCAGCAGUGGAAGCGGCAGCAGCGCUGGCUCCGGCUCCGGCAUCGAGCCCGUGCCUUCCGCGGAUUCGCGCCGCAGUUCGUACGAGAUGACGGGUGGCAGGCCGGAUGGCACCAAGUCUGAGAAGAAAGCUAAGCCCCCACCGCCGCGACACAAGUACGGUCGCUCCAUCAAUAUGCCCUCGCGCGGUCCGCAGACCGUCUCGUUUAGCGAUUUCUCGCCCUCGGAGACCACGCCCACAGCUCCAUCUCCAGCUCCAGCUCCAGCUCCAGCUCCAGCUACCAGCCGGCCACCGCCGCCGCCGCACCGCGCCUCCUCGUCCUCUGAUGCCGCGAAGCCGGCACCCCCUCCCCCGCGCCCGCCGCGCAGGUCCAGCGCCGAGCCGUCGAGAAGCAUGUCGGUAGAGGAGGACGCCGCCUCCGUAGCAGCGCCGCCCGCGGCAGCGCCAACACCACCACCGCAGCAGAAGCGCGCGCCGCCCCCUCCACCAGCCGCGCGACGGCAUAGCCAGCUCCGCGGCAAUGGCAGCAACAGCAUGGCCAUGUCCGGGGCGUUUUCGUCUCGCUCGCGCAGCAGCUCCGCCACGACCGCGGCGUCGGUCCCAGAGGAAGAGCUGGACAUGCCGCUCGACGGCGACGUCCCCGGCACGGACGCGUAUCCCUUCCCUUAUGCCGCCGCGCCGCACCAAGCACAUCCCCACUCGCAUGCGCACCCCCACCACCCCGCAGCCCUGACGACGUCCUUCCCCAACCUGCCACCCACCUCCACGCCCACGCCCUCCAGCGCAACCUCCACCUCAGCAAAACCCCCGCCCCCGCCGCCAACCCGCCGCUCCGGCGCCAGCGCCUCCGCCUCCGCUUCCGCAGCAGCGUCGACCACAGACGUCGCGACCACAACGCCCAGCCGCUCGUCCUCGCACCGCUCUGCCGCGUCAAAGAAGGCGCGCCACCGCCUCUCCAACUCGUCGGGCUAUGAUGUCGCUGGCGGCUCACCUGGAGGUGCGCCCCCGCCCCCGCCUCCGCCCCCGCCGAGGAGUAGUGGGCGGCGGAGCGGGGAGUUUGACCGUUCUGGUGGUGGUGGUGGUGGGGGGGGGAGGAGGAGCGGGGAGGUUGAGCGCGUGAGGGGCGUGGAUGAGGAGGACGAGGAUGCUGCUGCUGCUGGGAGUAGGGCCGGGAGCGUGGACGUUGCUGGUGGUGAUGGUGGUGCUGCUGCUGGUGCUGCUAGUGGCGCGGACGUCGUGAGUCCUGGUGCUGGUGCCGAUGUGCUGGAUGAGAUGGAGAAGUUUCAGCGGGAGCUGGAGGCGCUGAGGGAACAGUAUAGUAUGCAUAAGGGGAGGGGGUAG